CCCUGCGCGCUGACGGAGCGAGCCGAGGACCCGCGAGGACACCGCGGGAUGGGCGCUGAGGUGGCAGCGGGGCAGGGCAGAUGCUUCUGGACCAGAUGAAGCCCCAGGAACUCUCCAGCUCACAGAGAACAGGACAGCAGCACUUCUGAGUCCUCUGUGGGAGCCUUGGCCUGCCCGCUGCACUAUGUCAGGAAGCCACAUCCCUUCUGCCAGUGGCCCCUUCUCAGCCCUGACUCCAAGCAUAUGGCCCCAGGAGAUCCUGGCCAAGUGCAAGCAGAAGGACGACUCAGCAGAGCAGCCGCACUUCUACUAUGAUGAGUUUGGUUUCCGCGUGGACAAGGAAGAAGGUGCUGAGCCGAGCUCCAGUCUGCUGACCAGCACGUCCCUGGUGGAGGACCCUGCGCAGAGGCUGCGCUGGCAGGCCCACCUCGAGUUCACUCACAACCACGAUGUGGGGGACCUCACCUGGGACAAGAUUGCAGUCUCCCUUCCCCGCUCUGAGAAGCUCCGCUCCCUGGUGCUGGCUGGCAUCCCACAUGGCAUGAGGCCACAGCUGUGGAUGCGGCUCUCGGGGGCCCUGCAGAAGAAGAGGAACUCGGAGCUGUCCUACCGCGAGAUGGUGAAGAACAGCUCCAAUGAUGAGACCAUAGCUGCCAAGCAGAUCGAGAAGGACCUGCUCCGCACCAUGCCCAGCAAUGCCUGCUUUGCCAGCGUGGACAGCAUUGGGGUGCCUCGCUUGCGCAGGGUCCUCCGAGCCCUGGCCUGGCUCUACCCGGAGAUUGGCUACUGCCAGGGCACAGGCAUGGUGGCUGCCUGCCUCCUGCUGUUCCUGGAAGAGGAAGACGCGUUCUGGAUGAUGUGCGCCGUCAUCGAGGACCUGCUGCCCGCCUCCUACUUCAGCACCACGCUGCUGGGCGUGCAGACCGACCAGCGCGUCCUGCGCCACCUCAUCGUCCAGUACCUGCCCCGCCUGGACAGGCUGCUGCAGGAGCACGACAUUGAGCUGUCCCUGAUCACGCUGCACUGGUUCCUCACGGCCUUUGCCAGCGUGGUGCACAUCAGGCUGCUGCUGCGCAUCUGGGACCUGUUUUUCUACGAGGGCUCCUUGGUGCUGUUCCAGACCACGCUGGGCAUGCUGCGCCUCAAGGAGGAGGAGCUGAUCCAGUCUGAGAACUCGGCCUCCAUCUUCAACACGCUGUCAGACAUCCCGUCGCAGAUCCACGACGCAGAGCUGCUGCUGGCCGAGGCCAUGAGGCUGGCCGGCUCCCUCACCGACGUGGCCGUGGAGACCCAGCGCCGCAAGCAUCUGGCCUACCUCAUCGCGGACCAGGGCCAGCUGCUGGGGACCAGCGCCACCACCAACCUCUCUCAGGUUGUUCGGCGCAGGACCCAGCGUAGGAAGUCCGCCAUCACCUCCCUGCUGUUCGGGGAGGACGACCUGGAAGCGCUCAAGGCCAAGAACAUCAAGCAGACAGAACUGGUGGCCGACCUCCGGGAAGCCGUGCUGCGUGUGGCGCGCCACUUCCAGUGUGCAGACCCCAAGAACUGCAGCGUGGAGCUGACCCCAGACUACAGUAUGGAGAGCCACCAGCGGGACCAUGAAAACUACGUGGCGUGUUCUCGCAGCCACCGGCGCCGGGCCAAGGCCCUGCUGGACUUCGAGCGGCACGACGAUGACGAGCUGGGCUUCCGCAAGAAUGACAUCAUCACGAUCGUCUCUCAAAAGGACGAGCACUGCUGGGUCGGGGAGCUGAAUGGCCUGAGAGGCUGGUUUCCCGCCAAGUUUGUCGAAGUCCUGGAUGAACGGAGCAAGGAGUACUCCAUUGCGGGGGACGACUCGGUGACGGAGGGAGUCACAGACCUCGUGCGAGGGACCCUGUGCCCGGCCCUCAAGGCCCUGUUUGAACAUGGACUGAAGAAGCCAUCCCUGCUUGGGGGUGCCUGCCACCCCUGGCUGUUCAUCGAGGAGGCAGCGGGCCGGGAGGUGGAGAGAGACUUUGAUUCCGUGUAUUCCCGCCUCGUGCUCUGUAAGACCUACAGGUUGGAUGAAGAUGGCAAAGUCCUGACCCCGGAGGAGCUGCUGUACCGGGCCGUGCAGUCCGUGAACGUGACUCACGAUGCAGCACACGUGCAAAUGGACGUCAAGCUCCGCUCGCUCAUCUGUGUGGGGCUGAACGAGCAGGUGCUGCACCUGUGGUUGGAGGUGCUGUGCUCCAGCCUGCCCACAGUGGAGAAGUGGUACCAGCCCUGGUCCUUCCUGCGCAGCCCUGGCUGGGUCCAGAUCAAGUGUGAGCUCCGUGUGCUCUGCUGCUUUGCCUUCAGUCUCUCUCAGGACUGGGAGCUCCCUGCGAAGAGAGAGGAGGAGAAGCAGCCCCUGAAAGAGGGCGUCCAGGACAUGCUGGUGAAGCACCACCUUUUCAGCUGGGACAUAGACGGGUGACGCUGCUGCUCCGGCUACGCUGUGGUGCCCAGGCCUCCUCAACCUGUUCACCAGAGCAGUCCCUCCCUCAAACAGGAAGCGUGUCACCACCCUGGCCAGUGGCAGGCCUGCGGUGGGACAGGGUCUGAAGUGGCCCAGGACAGGAGAUGCUCCCAAGCCCUGGCCUUCCCAGGGUUGCUGGGGGCAGAGGAGAGGUGGGUUGGUGCCUGGCUCAGUGCUUGCCUGCAAGCCCCAGCGACUGCCGGUACUGACCAGAAACCUCGAGGGGGAGCUGUGGGUCCGUGUGCUCAGGAAGGGGCGGGGGAGGUGGCUGCAGUUUGUAAAUAAAUCAUGUGUGAGAA